AUGUCUCUCUUCGAGGUUCCCGGAUGGAGCGUUCCCGACGCCCCGGUCGCCCAAGCCGGCAGCAAAAAGCGCAAAAGGCCUGCGCCUGUCAAGGACAACGACGGCGACGGUGUCGACGAGGCGCAGAGGAUGCGCGAUGCGCAGAAGAACAUCGAGAAGCUUAUGAAGAGCCUUGGUGCUGGCAUGGAGGCUCUGGAUGGAGAUGACGCGGUGCGUCCGAACAAGAAGAAGCGAGAGGGGAAGGAGAAGGAGAAGAGCAACACUGCGAAGGGCGAGAAGGGGAAGGAGACGGACAUGGCAAGCGGAAGCAGAAAGGAGGUCAAAUGGAAAACGGCAACCCCUCAGAAACGCGAGGAGCGGGGAAGGACGCAGGAUAAAAAGCCGAAGAAGGACGGCAAGAGUGCGGUCAAGGCGAGCAAAAAGAAGAAUAAGAAAGAGCGUAAGGCGUAUGCACAGUCUGCAGAUGCCCGCUCGGAAGCAGGUUCUGUCAAGGGCGAUAGGGGCACAGACGCAGAUGCAUCUGCUGGUCUUACUGCGCUCCAAGCGAAGAUGAAAAGCAAUUUGGGCGGUGCGCGAUUUAGAUGGAUCAACGAAACACUCUACAAAACCAGCAGCCUGGAAGCUCACGAGCUCAUGUCCAAAGACCCCGCCAUCUUUGCUGAUUAUCAUACCGGCUUCCGCCAUCAAGUUGACUCGUGGCCUACGAACCCAGUGUCGUAUUACAUCGAUGCCCUCUCCUCAUACCCUCCCAAAACCGUCGUAGCGGACCUCGGCUGUGGUGAUGCGGCUCUCGCACGCGCGCUUGUCCCCAAGGGGUACACCAUUUUGUCGUUCGAUCUCGUCUCAGACGAUGCGUACGUCAUCGAAGCGGACACAUGUUCCCGCGUACCGCUUCCUGGCUCUGAGGAAAGCGGGGAGCAAAGAGAGGGUCAAGUUGUGGACGUCGUAGUCUGCGCUCUCAGUCUCAUGGGUACAAACUGGGUGGGCUGUAUGCGCGAGGCAUGGCGGGUUCUACGUGCUGGCGGAGAACUCAAGGUCGCUGAGGUAGCUAGUCGUUUCACUAGCAUUGACGACUUUGUCGCUGUUGUCUCUGCGUGUGGGUUCAAACUUGUGUCAAAGGACGACAAAAACACGCAUUUCACGCUGUUUGAGUUCAAGAAGGUUCACCGCGACGCCAUCUCUGAUAAGCAAUGGAGCAAGUUCAUGGAGCGGGGGAGCGUCCUCAAGCCUUGCGAGUACAAACGGCGGUGA